AUGUUAUACAAAAAAGCUCAAUGAUGGCUUACAUCCAAAUAUUGGCGAUCGUGCUGUGCUCUUGCUUCGUACAGGACGCAUUUUCAAUAAAAAGAACCCGCACUGUGACAUCGGCAGCUCCGGCCAAUGACGGGGACGGCUUGCAGUACACGGGCGCUUCGCCGACGCCGGUGAGACGGACGGUGAAGCGGACGGUGACCAGGGUACCGACUGUGGCCCCAUUACCGCCUCCACCACCACCACCAGCCAAGUACCCGCACCUGACCGCCGUGAAGGACAUGUUCUGGAACGCGUUUGAGGACAUCAACCAGGCCAACGAGUACGGCAAGCUAAACACUAGGGCGGCGAGGAACAUGUUGAGUAACGUGCUCGUCAACGAACUGUUCUGGUCGUCAGUGGUUAGGGCGCUCAGGAGGCGGGUCAAGGUGACUAAUGACAGUAACCGGGCUGACGGCCAUGUCCGGACGUGCAACGCGCUCACCAACGCCGUCACCAGCCCGAAUGCCAUGCAGGGCUUCCAGGAUGUGGCCAACGAGGUGUACGUCACCGUGUCCCGUAUGCAUUCGGACGUGGGCACGGACGCCCUGCGGCUGGUCACCGAAAUGGUCAACGGUGGCGAGGUGAACAGAGGCCUGGACACGAUCACUAACAUCGUGAACAAAAUCAAUUUGAGCCCCAAAAUGUUGAUUAAGGGAUUUGACAUGCUCCGAAAAACGCUCAACCUGGGCGGCGCAAUGAACAUGGGCGGUGGUCUGGCCAGGGGCCUCAUGUCGUUUACGUCCAAGCUCAACAAGUAGAGCGAUGCCUGCAUGUUAUUGUAUAAUGUUAUUAAAUAAAUUCAUAGCGUCAAUGAACGCUGUAUAAUAAUAUUAUCGUUUGUGCGCAUGUGUAUACCUACUAUAUAUUAUAUUUGAGCGUAAGUGACAAAGCAUAAUAUUAUAAAAACUAAUUAUAUUAUAUAUUAUAUAGGUAGGUAGGAUAUAUAUCCGAGCAGAGACGUUCAUAAUGAUAUACCUAUAAUAUUAUAUUUUAUGUUAUGCUUUGUAAACGUGUUACCGUUACAGUAAUUAUUACCUAUUGCAUUCAUAUGUAUAAAAUAUUAAAAUACCUGCACAACUAUUAUGGAAUAUAAUAUUAUUGACAUUUCA